AUGAGUGAAUUAGAAGGUUUCGAACCGCAAACAAGAGCCAGAUCGAAUACCUGGCCGCUACCUAGACCUGAAAAUUAUGCUGAUAUCGAUAUUAAGGAGGAGGAAAAUGGAAAAUGUCCUCCUCACAUCGAUUCCGGUUGCGUCGGUGUAAUUGGACCUCAGUUGGACGGGUCAUUGCUUGGCGUUCAGCUUCCAGCUCCGGGAGCGAAAAAAAAUUCUUCCAGAAGAAACGCCUGGGGUAAUUUGUCGUAUGCCGAUCUCAUCACGCAAGCGAUUGCUAGUGUACCUGAAAAGAGAUUAACUCUAUCUCAGAUAUACGAGUGGAUGGUACAAAAUGUUCCAUAUUUCAAAGAUAAAGGAGAUUCCAAUAGUUCGGCCGGAUGGAAGUUGUAA